CUCCUCGCUCUCCGUUGCGCACAGGUCGCCCAAGAUGGAAGAAGAAAUCGCCGCGCUCGUCAUCGACAACGGCUCCGGCAUGUGCAAAGCUGGCUUUGCAGGCGAUGACGCUCCCCGUGCCGUGUUCCCCUCCAUCGUGGGGCGCCCGAGGCACCAGGGUGUCAUGGUGGGCAUGGGGCAGAAGGACAGCUACGUGGGUGAUGAGGCCCAGAGCAAGAGAGGCAUUCUCACCCUGAAGUACCCCAUUGAGCACGGUAUUGUCACCAACUGGGAUGACAUGGAGAAAAUCUGGCAUCACACUUUCUACAAUGAGCUGCGUGUGGCUCCCGAGGAGCACCCUGUUCUGCUCACAGAGGCUCCUCUGAACCCCAAGGCCAACAGAGAGAAGAUGACACAGAUCAUGUUCGAGACCUUCAACACCCCGGCCAUGUACGUUGCCAUUCAGGCUGUGCUGUCCCUGUACGCCUCUGGUCGUACCACUGGUAUCGUUAUGGACUCUGGUGAUGGUGUCACCCACACUGUGCCCAUCUACGAGGGCUAUGCUCUGCCCCACGCCAUCCUGCGCCUGGACUUGGCUGGCCGUGACCUCACCGACUACCUCAUGAAGAUCCUGACAGAACGAGGCUACAGCUUCACCACGACAGCCGAGAGGGAGAUCGUCCGUGACAUCAAGGAGAAGCUGUGCUAUGUCGCCCUGGACUUCGAGCAGGAGAUGGCCACUGCUGCCUCCUCCUCCUCCCUGGAGAAGAGUUACGAGCUGCCCGAUGGCCAGGUGAUCACCAUCGGCAACGAGCGGUUCCGCUGUCCGGAGGCCCUUUUCCAGCCCUCCUUCCUGGGCAUGGAGUCUUGUGGCAUCCACGAGACCACUUUCAACUCCAUCAUGAAAUGUGACGUGGACAUCAGGAAGGACCUGUAUGCCAACACAGUAUUGUCUGGCGGUACCACAAUGUACCCUGGAAUUGCAGACAGGAUGCAGAAGGAAAUCACAGCUCUGGCACCUAGCACGAUGAAGAUCAAGAUCAUUGCCCCACCUGAGCGUAAAUACUCAGUCUGGAUCGGUGGCUCCAUCCUGGCGUCUCUAUCGACCUUCCAGCAGAUGUGGAUCAGCAAGCAGGAAUACGAUGAGUCCGGCCCAUCCAUUGUCCACCGUAAAUGCUUCUAAACGGACUGCUGGCGGGUGCCCGGCACCUGCUGCAUGGGUUGUUACACUAGUAUACGUUUGCCCAGGCAAAUCUAUACACCUCAUGCUAGCCUCAUAAAACUGGAAUAAGCCUUCUUUCAAAAGAAAACUUGCCCUUGGAAAGUCUGUAUCUGAUGUUAGACUAAUGUCAGCACUGGAUUGUUGAGCUGUCACUUGAUUUGACCCUGUAUUCAAGUUAACUGUUCCCUCCUCGGUGUCCACCCUAGCGCAGUACCCUGUACACAUCUGGCCCGGGCCUCGGGCAGGGGCCUCGCUGUGGGGACGUCCUUGCUGAGGUUAACUU